AUGCAACAGCUACUAGACUUCGCGGGUCGAGCGUACGCGUACGCCUGCCCGCCACCGUUCGGCAUUCUCAAUCCGAUCCACCGGAUAGCCCUCCGCGCUCAGCCCCUUACGCCAGACCUACUCAUGUGGUUCAACUGGCUCGUCCUGCCGCUCGUCCCGCUGGUGCUCAUCUCGUAUCUCCUCGUUGGUGGGCCGAAGGACAAGCUAGCACGGGAGUCGCGACCGAUUCGUGCCGCUCUCGCCGUCGCUGGAUGGACGAUGUUGACGCACUCCUUCCUCACGCGGCGCUUCACUACUUUGCUGAAGGACCCCGUCGUCGAUCCCUGGAUGGCCCUCGGUCGCCCCAGGUGGGUCGCCGCCAUCGAUCUCGCUAUCAAUCUCCGACAUGUGUACCUCGGAUCCGUUGGUCUCGACACAUCCGCUGGGCCCCCAAACCUGGCCCUUCCUGAGCUGAAACCGGGCGAGCGACCGCAAGUGGAGGUGCAUCUGCGUCACUGGCGGCGGCAGCCGCGCCCCACGACUCGGCUGGCAGCUUUCGCUCGCCACCUCGGCCACUUCCUUUUCAUCUAUUGCCUGGAAGAUGCGCUGUUCACGUUUGUGCGCGCUGUAGGCCCUGACGCCCUCGCACCUCCCGGCGGCCGCGCCUGGCUGCCGCAGUACGAUCAUAUCGUUCCUGGCUUGAUCGCAGAGACUCGGACAAUCCUUCUCCCGUCUACAAUUGGCUACGUUGUGCCGCCGUUCUACGUUGGGGUCGUUCUCAAGGCCGCGGCACCGAUGAUGAUCUGGGGCAUGCUGAGCGGGGUCUACCACCUCGGCGCCAUCUUGUGCAUCGGAUCCGGCUUCUGGGAGCCAGAGACAUGGGACACGGACAUGUUCGACGCACCGUUCCGCUCGACAUCGCUUCGCGACCUGUGGGGCCGCAGAUGGCACCAGCUGUAUCGCCGCACGUUCCUCAAUUGCACGAAGACGGUCAUUCGGGUCCUGCACCUGCCCAGCAAUACGUUCACCUUCUAUGGCCUCAUUUACCUCUUCUCUGGUCUCUUGCACGCAUUGGGCCAGAUUUCAAAUGAUCCACCUCCCCAGUUCAGCGGUGUCAUUCUCUUCUUCCUUCUCGCCGGCUUGGGCAACGCCCUCGAGGUCAUGUUCAAGCGCGUGACCGGCCGUUUCGUCGGUACGCUCAUCCUCAACGCUUGGGUUGACCCCGGAUGGGCUGCGUGCAGCUUCUUCCCAGACAAGGGAUUCGGCCAACUCGUCGUCCCCUACAUCCUCAAGCACGGACUCACGCUUGAGCCGCUUCAUGGAGCUGGGUCGGCGAUCGCCGAGGUUGUGGAGUCAAAACCCGUCCUUGCAGAGACAUUCGUGAAGACCACGGCCGCGCUCGCUGAGUCGGUCGUUGAGUCGGCCGUAGAAAGUGUCACUACCACGACUGCGGCCGUCAUUGAAACGGUUGUCGCAGUCGCGGCCGAUGCCGCUGCCGAACUUUAG